UGAUGAUGAUGAUGUUCUUUCCCUCCAUCCUUUGCAGAGAAACUGACCGCAUGUUAUUUGAUUUUUCACAGGUUUCUGCAUGUUUGUUCUGAGUUUAGUGAAGAAACAAUACCGUCUACAGUUUUAUAUGUUUGCGUGGACCCAUGUGACCCUACUGAUAGUGGUGACUCAGUCUCACUUGGUCAUCCAGAACCUGUUUGAAGGAAUGAUCUGGUUCCUCGUCCCUGUCUCCAUAGUGAUCUGCAAUGACAUCAUGGCCUACCUGUUUGGUUUCUUCUUUGGCAGAACACCACUCAUCAAGCUGUCUCCCAAGAAGACGUGGGAGGGAUUCAUAGGAGGGUUCUUCGGAACCCUGGUCUUUGGAUUCAUAGUGAGUAUUACAGUUAAAUAGUUACAGCAUGGAAUAAAGUAACAACAUGGUGAUAGUAUAGAAUAAAGGGUAACAUGGUAAUAGUAUAGAAUAAAGGGUAACAACAUGGUAAUAGUAUAGAAUAAAGGGUAACAUGGUAAUAGUAUAGAAUA